AUGGCCGCCCCUGAAGUCCACCAUCUUUUCCACAACCCGAUUGCGGACCAUUCGUUCUCGGCGGAUCGCAAGACAUUGGCAAUCGCGCGCGACACCACUGUCGAGCUCUACUCCAAGGUCGGCAGCGCCUUCAAGCUCAAGGAUGAGCUCAAGGGCCACGAUAAGACCGUAACCAGCGUCGACAUUGCGCCCAACUCGGGCCGCAUCGUCUCGUGCUCCCAGGGCAAGUCAACUCCGGUGGCCCGGAACCGGCACGGCGUGGUCUUGGGGGGCUCGGCCGGGCCGGACUGGGCCGGGCUGGGCCAGGCUGGCGUUGCACUAACACGGAUGGCAGAUCGCAACGCCCUCGUCUGGGAACCCUCCCCACAGGGAUACAAACCGACUCUUGUUCUCCUGCGCAUCAACCGGGCGGCCACGUUUGUUCGUUGGUCGCCGUCCGAGACCAAGUUCGCCGUCGGUUCUGGAGAUAGGCUCAUCGCUGUCUGCUACUUCGAGGAGGAGAAUGACUGGUGGGUUUCGAAGCAUUUGAAGAAGCCGAUCCGCAGCACUGUAACCACGGUGGCCUGGCAUCCCAACUCGGUUCUCCUCGCCGCUGGUUCUACGGAUGCCCACGCCCGUGUUUUCUCAAGCUUUGUCAAGGGCGUCGACUCGCGGCCCGAGCCUGGCGUGUGGGGCGAGAGGUUACCCUUCAACACUGUUUGCGGCGAGUACCUAAACAACUCGGCCGGCUGGGUGCAUGCCGUGGCCUUCUCCCCAAGUGGCGAUGCGCUGGCGUUUGCGGCCCAUGAUAGCAGCAUCACGGUCGUCUACCCAAGCGGGCCGGAUCAGCCGCCCAAGGCCGUGAUCAGCAUCAACACGCAGCUCCUGCCAUUUAUGAGCCUGAUCUGGAAUGGAGAGGCCGAGAUCGUUGCUGCCGGAUAUGACUGCGAGGCCUUCCGGUUCAAGGGGGGUUUGAAUGGCUGGGUGCUGAGCGGAACGCUCGAGUCCAAGGGCAGGCCCGGUCUGGGCGAGGGUCGCGAGGAGUCGGCCCUGAACAUGUUCCGACAGAUGGACCUGAAGGGGAAGGUUAAGGACGAUACGCAAUUGAAAACGGUCCAUCAGAACACAAUCACCACGCUCCGUCCAUAUGAAACCUCUGGUGGUUCGGUGAGGAAGUUUACAUCAAGCGGCGUUGACGGAAGAAUCGUCAUCUGGCACACUUAG